AUGGGGAAUUACAGCAAUAGUUAUAAUCUAUACAGCAGUGAUGUUUGGUAUGCAGAUUCUCCUCUGAUGGAUGGGCUUGGAGCCUUAGAUGAGAGCGGUGAUGUUAUUGAACAAGAUUCAAAGGUGACGUCAAGCACAGAAGUAUCACCAUGGAAACCUCACUUGCCUCUUCCACCCGUCUCAGAGCUUUUGAACACAGCGCAUGGAAGCCUGAGGGGCUGGAGAGAAAGCAUCAGUCCAAUGUCAGAUGAAACAAGCCCAUUAAAUGCACAGCUCAAAAUAACUGACAGGUGUAAACAAGUUACUGUAGCAAGCACCAACAUCAAAGCAGUUAAAACUCAGACACCAUGGAAGUUAAAGAAAAACAAGUCUGCCUCAGAUGCUAAAGGCCAGAAACAAAGAAAAGGGAAUCCUCGUAAAAUAGUUGACAAAUUCACAUAUAUCAAGCAAAAGAUGAUGCAAAAAGAAAGAGAAAAGGCCAUAAGAGAUGCACUUCAAAAACUGAGUGAAAUAUUACCAUGCAAAGACCUGAGAAAUGGCCAUCCUUCAAGAAAGGAAAUACUUGAAACUGCAAUAACUUGA